AUGGCGUUGCCACCCACACCCACCGCCGGCGCCCUGCAGCCGCCGCCGUCUUGCAGCCGUGCUGCGCCCCACCUCCCCAUGGCCGCCGCACCCCGCCUCGGCCUCGCCUGUCCCCGCCGCCUCGCGCCCGAUCCCCAUCUCCCUCCGCGCGCCAGCAUCCGACCUCCUCCUUGCUCCCAUGGCGUUGCCACCCACACCCACCGCCGGCGCCCUGCAGCCGCCGCCGUCUUGCAGCCGUGCUGCGCCCCACCUCCAUGGCCGCCGCACCCCGCCUCGGCCUCGCCUGUCCCCGCCGUCCUUCUCCAUCGCGACGCCUCCCCUUCUCCUGCUCCUACACCGACCUGA